AUGAGGUUCACCACCGCCCUGCUCCUCGCGGUCGUCGCAGUCGCCAGCCCAACAGACCUCAAGGCGCGCCACGAGCUCACCCGCCGCCAGGCCUCUCAAAGUUGCCCGAUCGGCUACUGCACGCAGAACGGCGGAACAACCGGUGGUGCCGCAGGAGACACUGUGACGGUCUCCGACCUUGCCAGCCUGACUGAAGCCGCUGAAAGCGAUGAGCCGCUCACCAUCAUCGUGUCGGGCUCCAUCUCUGGAAGCGCAAAGAUCCGCGUGGGCUCUGACAAGACUAUUUACGGCGAGUCGGGGAGUUCCAUUACCGGCGUGGGCUUCUACGUCCGCCGCGUGAGCAACGUCAUCCUGCGGAACCUGAAGAUUGGUCAGGUUGAUGCGGAUAACGGUGAUGCUAUCGGUAUCGACGCGUCAAGCAACGUGUGGGUUGACCACUGCGACCUGUCUGGUGAUCUCAGUGCUGGAAAGGAUGAUCUUGAUGGUCUCCUGGACAUCACCCACGGCUCCGAGUGGGUGACUGUUUCCAACACGUACUUCCACGACCACUGGAAAGGCUCCUUGAUCGGGCACAGCGACAACAAUGAAGACGAAGAUCUUGGCCACCUCCACAUCACAUACGCCAACAACCACUGGUACAACGUCAACAGCCGCGUCCCCUCUGUGCGUUUCGGCACAGUCCACAUCAUCAACAACUACUGGGACACGAUCCUGACCUCUGGUGUGAACUGCCGCAUGGACGCGCAGGUUCUUAUCCAGAGCUCUGCGUUUACAAACGCCGACGAGCGCGCGAUUUUCUUUGCUGACUCGGAUUAUACCGGGUACGCGGUUGUUCAGGACGUUGACCUUGGCGGUAGUGAGAACUCUGUGCCGGUGGGGACGCUUACGCCCAGCUCCCUGCCCUAUGCGGCUAUUGCGGCGUUGGGGUCUGGGAGUGUUGCGGGGACUGUUCCUGGGCAGGCUGGGCAGACGCUGUAAAUGGUAGUAUUGAUGAAGGAGACGAUACUAG